UUCAAACAACAUGGCCGCUGUACCAAACAUACAGCUCAAUACGGGCUAUCCUUUCCCAGUGUUAGGAUUCGGGACGUUUGCAAACAGGAAGGAAGGUGUGAUGUUGCCCGCUGUUAAAGCGGCUAUAUCGUCAGGAUAUCGUCACAUCGACACAGCGUGGUACUAUACAACGGAACCGGAAGUAGGUGGCGCCAUUAAAGAGAAGUUGGCGGACGGUACAGUAACGAGGGAUGAGCUCUUUGUGACAUCGAAAUUAUGGAAUACAUUUCAUGAGCCCUUUAAAGUUGGGCGGAUGUGCAGAGAUUCACUACGUGACCUUCAACUUGACUACCUUGACCUUUACCUCAUGCACUGGCCCAUGGGUCAUGAAGAUAAUGAAUCUUCAAGGGGACAUUUUACUCAAGCUACGUUUGUCCCGAAUGACGUGGACUACCUGGAGACAUGGCAGGCAAUGGAAGAUUUGAUUGAUGGAGGUCUGGUAAGGUCUAUUGGGGUUGCCAAUUUCAACCUGGGACAGUUGAAGCGCCUUCUGAACAUACCCAACAUUCGUUAUAAACCGGCUGUACUGCAGAUCGAAAUGACGCCAUAUCUUACCAACGUAGAACUCUUGGAAUUCUGCAAUUCUCACGGAAUUGCAGUAACGGGAUAUUCCCCGCUUGGCGGUCCGAAUAUGAUAUAUGCACCACCGAAUGCGCCAAAUUUAAUGGAAAACCCGACGAUUGUGGAGACUGCCAAGAAAUUCGACAAAACACCUGCUCAGGUUCUCCUGAGAUGGGGGAUACAGCGUGGAUAUGCCGUCAUACCAAGCAGUGUCAUACCACAAUACAUCACAGAGAAUAUUGAGAUAUUCGACUUUGCUCUCAGUGAUGAGGAUAUGAAGAAAAUUACUUCUCUCAACCGCAAUUACAGAUUCAACCCAACCUCCCAGUUCAAAGAUCACCCUCAUUAUCCUUUCAAAUGAGACUGAUCAUCACCUCGAGGUUCGCCUUCUGUGGGUUACUGGCCGAGGCCUACAAGGAAUGGCUUAUAAUGAACAAAAAGUAAGGUCAUGUCUUUUUGAAGAAACUUUACUUUGUACUGUAUAUAAAAUAUCUCUAACGGUUACUGUCUUUGUUGAAUAUAUACAUAUAUGUUCAGAGUUAUAGCACGAUAGAUGCUCUUUAAAACACAGAUGAACACUAUCGUGUCGGCCAGAAUGUACCCUAUUUACACGUCUAAAUUCUGACGAAAGAUAUUCAGAUCAAUUCAUGUCUGAUUAAAACCAUUGACUUGUU